AUGCCCAACCACGGAAUCGCCUGUUUGCCAUCGCUUACGACCCUCUCCCCUCUACCCAACGACGUCGCCCUCAUCAUCCUCGACUUUUACCUCUCCGCCCUCUCUGCCAAAUCUUCGGCUUUCUACGACCUCAUCCAUGUUAGCCGCUUCUGCUACAAGAUAUUGGCGCCUCGGCUCUAUCGACAUGUCACGCUUGAUGAGCGCAACUCUGAACGCUUUUUCGAGACCUACUGCGAUUAUCUUCUGCAAGAGGGUGUGAGCUUUGUGCCGUCAAGCACGGCGUUUCCGGACAGAGAGAUCAUCUACAAGCCUAUUACUGCUCCUUCGCCGGCGUCUCGCGGCUUGGCCCAUCCUUCGGUACUCAUUCGCAAGGUCACUCUUGUAGAUGGUGCUGCUGUCAUCCGCUGUCAAAUGGCGCGGAAGAAGAUCCAAAGCCGGUGCUCCCUCACCCUGCAGCCUCCGCCCACCGAGCGCCCGUCCGUCGCCCCUUUCCCUAAUCUCGAAUGGCUGGUCAUCCCUUCGUCGAUGCGAGGUAACGUCACCCUCACGCGUGAAGGCCACACUCCUUCUAUACGCGCUCCAAAAGAACCCCGUCUUCUGUCUUACGACGCUUUGCAAGAUAUCGACGCGCUUCAGCCACCUCGGCUUUGUGUUACCGAAAGUCUUCACACGAGUUCUGUGCGAGCCAUCAACCGAGCGUACUUCUUUGCCAAGUAUACGCAUCAGUUAGAGGAGCUCUCGGUACACGGGGCAAGAGGGCGCGAUCAAAGCUUUAUGUCUCAGAAUCGGACGAGGGUCUUGAAUGUGGCUUUUGCGAUACCGGCGGUGACGAGGGAGGGGGAGGCAGAGGCAGGGGAGAGCAAUGAGGAAGGGGGCGAGGAGACGCAGCUGCAUGAGCCGGAGGUCGAGCUGGGGUGGCAUCUGGAAAUGUUGCAUUACUCUGAACGAAACUUGGGAACGUCGUGA